AUGAUGAACUCUGAUUUUAAUGAGAAAAAUUAUAAUAUUCUCACACACUACAGCAAAAAGUUUAAGAGAAACUUUAUUAUUACAGAGCAGAUACAAGGAACAAUUGGAAAACAUAAACCACCUGUAGUAAAUGGUAUUGCAGGAGGAGGAAAUCAAAGAUAUGCAGGUCAUGUACAAGGAGGAGCUGGAUCUGAAUUAGAUGUCGGAUCUAGAGCCGGUGGAGGACCUGGAGGUUUCGGAGGUGUAGGAGGAUCUGGAGGUUAUGAAACAGGUGUAGAAUUUGGAGUAGGUGCAGGAUUUGGAAUACAUCGAGGACAUAACACAGGUGGAGCAUCUGGACCAGGCAGGAAAUUCGGAGGCAGUGGAGGACCUGGAGGAUUCAGAGAUGUAGGAGGAUCUGGAGGAUAUGAAGCAGGUGGAGGAUUUGCAAUAAAUAGAGGACAUAACAGAGAUGGAGUAUCUGGAGAAGGUAGAGGAUCUGCAGUUGCUGGAGGACAUGGAGGAGCCAGAGUUGUAGGAGGAUUUGGAGGAUCUGGAGGACCUGGAGGAUCCAAUGUUGCUGGAGGAUCCAAUGUCGCUGGAGAAUCUGAAAGAUAUGGAGUAGGUGGAGGAUUUGGCAAAGGUGGAGGACCUGGAGUAGAUAGAGGAUUUUAA